AUGAUCGACACGUCCUCCCUUUUGAAGACCUUCACCGGCUCGCUCAUCGCAACUGUACUCCAGUACGGAUGGUCUCCCGACACGAACUCGACCGACUUCAAGGGAUAUGGCAAAGUGGCUGAUUGCAGUCUGUCAGGCUUCGUGCCCUCGUUCCCGUCAAAUCAGACGCAGCUCACGGUCCCAAGCGACUUGAACCCGGAGUACAUCGGUCUUGCGUUUGGCGUGCAAAACUACACCUGCUCGUCUAGCAACACCUUCACAAGUGUGGGCGCGGUGGCUGAGAUCAUCGACGCCUCCUGCUACGUGAACGCAUCCUGGUUUUCCACGAUCCAGAACGUGCUCUAUCCAGCUUGGGACGAGCUCUCGCAGGCAAUGUCCAUCCAGCAAACGAUCGAGUUAGUGCACUACCUCAACCCACCCGCGAAUCUCGCGCAGCACUACUUCGUGCAAAACCCUGUCACAAAUCAGGGCCUCUCCCCGAAAUGGGACUUCACGUCGAACGGCAAGUUCGAGGGCAACUCAGAGGCGUUCAUCAUCGGAAAAGUCAACGGCACGCUGUCUAGCCCCGAUGACCCUGCGACGGACAUUACCUGGCUGGAGGUCUUGAACGUGGAGGGCAAGAUUGCGGGCGAACUUUUCCGGUUCGACUCGGUUGGCGGCCAGCCUCCGUCGUCUUGCACGUACGGCAAUGAUUCGGACAUAUCUGUGAAUUACGUGGCGAAGUACAUCUUCUACGGCGGCGAUCUUAAUUAA